AUGACGGACCGAUACAAGCUCGUUUACACCGUGCCAGCUUCCCACUUGGUCGCUACCAAAGACGCCAUCUUCGAAACGGGUGCCGGUGUCUAUGACCAGGGCAAGUAUGUUCAAGUCGCCUUCGAACUUACCGGCCAAGGCCAAUUCAGGCCAGUAGCGGCAGCUGGGGCAGACCCUCACACAGGCGCAGUGGACCAACUUGAGCGAGUCUUGGAAUACCGAGUCGAAAUCCUGUGCUCUGACAUAAAUAUUGCGAAAGCCGCUGUGGCAGCCCUCAAAAGCGCACACCCUUACGAAACCCCGGCCUAUGAAGUCUACAAGUUGGAGAACAUUUAG